GGGACAGAAUCAAAUCUGGUAAAGUGUAUUUUGUUAGAAGGAGCGACAGUUUCGAAACGUGCUGAUCUGACUGAUUUGAACCAGAUGUUGCAGACCAUAAGUUGACUUGUCAAAAUAUGUUGUGCCCUUUCAUCUAGAGACUAAAGCACGUUAUGAUUCAGCACCGAAACGAAAUUUCGGGAAUACCUACUAUCAUUUUGAGAAACAAAUAUGAGACUGCAUAUUUCACCACGUGUGAACGUUUUGAAUAUAUAUUUAUCCCAACAUAUAACUAUAGGCUGCGAUUAUUCGCUAUAUGAGAACAUGUGACCCUUGUGAUCGCACUCUGUCACAGGACACAUUUCUCUAAACAUUUAUUUUAUUUCUGCUUUUUGCCUUUAUUCACUCUUCCCAAACCGACUGUCCAAGCACUCAGGGUGACAAUGAAUGAUCUAGGUGUUUUUUUGUUGUUGAGUUUUUAUAGCAAAAUCAAUACAUUUUUCAAAAUUAGUGCACAUAUUUAAUACUGCGGUAGUGAACAGGGGUACAAUACAUGGUGAUAUACAGCGUGGGAGUUAUUAACAGAAUGUUUUUGUCCUUCAACAUGCUGGGACCUGUCUGUGUGGGACCUGUCUGUGUGGGACCUGUCUGUCUGUGACCUGUCUGUCUGCUACUGGCAACUGACAUGUGUGAUUCGCCAUGACGACUGAAUCAGGAGCAGACUCUGAGCCUAAGCAGCAGCAGGAGAAAGGAGGGAAGGAAAAAGGAGGGAAGGAGAAAGGAGGUAAGGAGAAAAAGGCGAAGGCAGCAGAACACUUCCCAGCCGCCGCUGGACACAGCACACCUGCCAAACAUAACCAGUUUGAGGAGGACCUGUCGUCAACCAGGUCGUCAACCAGUCGCCUGUCAAUCAAGUCUCCACUGAGGGGAGUCAAGAAGCUGAAGAACAUGCAGUGUAAAAUCACCCUGCUAGAUGGCUCCGACUACACCAUGACGGUGGAUAAACGAGCCAGAGGCCAGCUGCUGUUUGCCAAGGUGUGUGACCAUCUGAACCUGCUGGAGACGGACUACUUUGGCAUCACGUACCGCGACGUAGAGAACCAGAAGAACUGGCUGGACCCGAACAAGGAACUGAAGAAGCAGAUAAGGAGUGGCCCCUGGAACUUUGGCUUCAACGUCAAGUUCUACCCCCCAGACCCUGCCCAGCUGUCUGAAGACAUUACCAGGUACUACCUGUGUCUCCAGCUGCGUGAUGACAUGGUGUCUGGUCGUCUCCCCUGUUCCUUCGCCACCCACACCAUAUUGGGCUCCUACACGGUCCAGUCAGAACUGGGGGACUACGACCCCGAGGAGACAGAGUACAACAGUGAGCUCCGCUUCGCUCCAAACCACACCAAGGAACUUGAGGACAAGGUCAUGGACCUACACAAAAACUACAAAGGGAUGACGCCGGCUGAAGCAGAGUUACACUUCCUGGAGAAUGCCAAGAAACUGUCCAUGUAUGGGGUAGACCUCCAUCACGCUAAGUUGGUAGGAAACCUGUUUGAGUGUUUGGCUCCAGCUAAAGGGGAGGACUCUGAAGGCGUAGAGAUCAUGCUUGGAGUGUGCUCCAGCGGGCUGCUCAUCUACAGAGACAGACUGAGAAUCAACCGCUUCGCCUGGCCCAAGGUCCUCAAGAUCUCCUACAAGAGAAACAACUUCUACAUCAAGAUACGCCCCGGAGAGUUUGAGCAGUUUGAGAGCACGAUUGGCUUCAAGCUCCCUAACCACCGUGCAUCCAAGAGGCUGUGGAAGACCUGUGUUGAGCACCACACGUUCUUCAGGUUGGUGUCUCCAGAGGCCCCCCCUAAGAAGUUCCUAGGUCUCGGUUCUAAGUUCCGCUACAGCGGUAGAACCCAGGCUCAGACCCGGAGAGUCUCCUCUCAGAUCAUCAGGGCCGCGCCCAUCUUCGAACGCUCCUCCUCCAAACGCUACACCAUGUCACGCAGCCUGGACGGAGCGCCCGUAACAGAGAACCACGACACCCUGAUGAGGGAAGCCACGCCCGCCAAAGCUGUCGCCGCCGGAGACCUGAUCACCACGGUAACGCCGGAGAAGAAGGCGGAGGAGGAGAAGGCCGAGGAAGAGGAGGCACAGACCAACGCUACGGAGACGUCAGAUCCUAACGUUCCCUCAACCCCCCUCAGACAAGACAACAAGCGCUCCCCAUGCCUGUACUCCUGUGACCCCCUCCGCUCUGAGCUCUCCCUCCCCUCCUCCCCCGUGGCCUCCACCAAGGUCCGUCGGCGGCGCAGGGAGAACGCGUCCCGUAAACGCUGUGCGUCCGUCAGCCCGGCUAAAUCCUCGGCGGGAUGCCGCCGGCGCCAGGCCAAAGCGGACCGCGCCGCCGCCCUCCUAGAGGAGCAGGUGUUACUCCUGUCGGCCCGGAAACAGCGUCUAGAACAGCUGAAGGCCCACGGGAGGCGGGGCGGUACUCUGUUCUCCUUCUCCCUGCACCUCCCCGACCUCUCCUCUUACCUAGACGAGGAUGGCUACCUCUCCUUCCCCGACAUCACGGAGCUCACCUUCCUCCCUGAGAGCGUGCAGCACUUCCGUCCGUUCAGGUCACCCUCUCUCAUCCCCUGCUUCCUCUUCAUCUUCUUCUUCCUCUUGUCCACGUCGUUCUCGGUACCCUACGCCCUCACGCUGUCCUUUCCGCUGGCGCUGUGUCUGUGCUACCUGGAGCCCAAGGCGGCUUCUCUCACCGCAUCCAUCGCUCAGGGCCUGCAUCAACAUGACAGUUGUUCAGAGGAAGAGGAAGAGGAAGACGAAGAGACGGACAGCGAGCAAACUGACUUUGCCUUUGACGGGGAAACUACGGCCACUGAGUCGGAGCCGGAAGAUGAUCAUUCUGAGAUGAUGACACAGAACACAGAGGCGUCGGAGGAGCUGGUGAAACAUCAGAGAGACAUCAGUGAGCUGAAACGCUCCUUCCUGGAGACGUCGGGCGGCGCUGAAUCCCCGGGACUGACCGAGUGGGAGAAGAGACUGUCCUCGUCUCCUCCGACACGCUCCCACAGCGAGGGAGUGGAGGAGGCACCCAUGAUAGAGCCACUAAACACCCCACAGGACUCAGAGACAGAGGAGGUUCCUGCUGCUGAGGAAGAAAGGAAGCAGGAGGUACAAGCCAAUGGCAUUGAGGAUGCAGGCGUGGUGAACUCUAGUGAUGUGGGGGCGGGGACUGCAGGAGCACAGGGGUGUGGUCUGAUGACUGUAACCGAUACCUUAGAAGACGUCACCAGUGACUGGACGGACAGAGAGACGGAUGGAGUGAAGGAGGACGGAGAGGAAGAGAAGUUCCUAGUAUCUCCAGAGCUGAAGAUAAGUCCAGGGACAGUCAGACAGGAAGUCUCUACGGCCAUCUUGGACAAGAGAGGAACACUCAUCAUCCUGAGGGAGAUGGAGUCUGAAGACAAAAUGGACGCCAGCAGAGACGUUACCAAGACCAACCAGGAGAAAGGAGGGGGGACUUCAGCAAGCGUUAAGGAGGGUGAAGAUGACGAGCUUGAUGGCGAUCCUCUCACCAGAUCUAAGGAGAAAUAUUCCAUAAUCAACACGAGUGAAGAUGAGACCGGUGGUGAGGUAGAUACUGAGACCGUGUCUAAGGAGACCAGCGACAAGAGAGAGAUAUCUCUCAAUUUAAGCCAGACUGAGACUGAUGAAGAAAUGAGUGUUGUUGACUCACUCCAGAAGACUGAGGCUCCAGUUGAGAUAUCUCUCAACUUAAGCCAGACUGAGACUGAUGAAGAAAUGAGUGGCGUUAACUCACUGACGAUGAGUGUUGUUGACUCACUCCAGAAGACUGAGGCUCCAGUUGACAGGUCAGAGUUCACCACCGUGUCACGUGAGAAGGUGACGGAGCUGAUUACCCAGGAUGCACCGCCAAAGAGAGAGGAAUCGUGUGGCCUGGAUGAAGCUGUGAGCGACCUAGCACAGUGGACCUUCCCCGACGGUCAAUUUGCCACCAAACCAUCCCCUGGAUCUCUAGCUGUGUCUUCACUGGGAUGGGUCCCCUCCUCUGUAACCAAGAGCCCGGCUGAAGAAGAGGAGGAAGAGGAGACCGGAGGGAGACAGGAGGCUGCUGAGACAGCACAGUCUACCGGACCCACGAAACCCGAGGCUGUGCCAGCAGAGGAGUCGACCACCAAGGAGGUACCUGUAGUCCACACGGAGACGAAAACCAUCACGUACGAGUCCUCAGAGGGUGACUACGAUGGCGACGUGGAACCCGGUGUUCUGAUGAGCGCACAGACCAUCACCUCGGAAACUACCAGCACCACCACGACCACGCACAUCACUAAGACGGUGAAAGGAGGAAUCUCUGAGACCAGGAUAGAGAAGAGGAUUGUCAUUACAGGAGACGCGGGAGAUCUCGACCAUGAUCAGGCUCUGGCCCAAGCCAUAAAGGAGGCCAAAGAGCAGCACCCUGACAUGUCAGUGACCAAAGUAGUGGUUCAUAAAGAGACAGAGAUCACACCUGAGGGAGAGGACUGACCCAGGAGUAAAGCCCAGGACAGAGUUUAAAUCCUCUGGUGGAAGGACUCCCCUCAAAGCUCCAGCAUCCAACUCCCAACGUCAUGAUGGACUUCAUUACAUUACUGUGCUGCCUGCUGGGCCUGUUUUAAAAACUACGGUAGAGACAGCCAGCCUAUUGUUCCACAGACAGUCUGCUCUAUAGAAAUACAAUCUGUAGAGCGGGCUUCCCCCGUUCAAGUCAAUGAUGGCAUAAUAGAUUCUAGUUCUAAACUCGGCGUUCUCUAUGGUCCCGAUCCUAAUCUGAGUUCCAUGUGCUUAACUUGGCUUCACUGCCUAAAUCGUGAUGUCAAUGGGAGAUUAAAAGUCAAAAUGAGGUAGUUAAGAUUUAUGCCUUAUCGUCAGUCCCAUCCGUCGUUAUAAAAAAAAAUAAUGUAUAUUUGCAUGAGCAGAAUGACGCAAUUAUUAUAAAAUAAUAACAAUUAUCAAGAUUUACUGUGAGAUAAUAAACAAACAGGUUAUUUUAUCACUUGAACUCUCGCUGAGCUCUACAACAUGCAAAAUGGUUGAUUCCAUUCACCGCCUUGCUAUCUAUUUAAGAUUAUAUUAUAAACAGUCUUAUUUUUUUUUGGGGGGGGGGGUCAGUGUUUUAUUUUAUUUAUGAAAUGAAAAUCCGCCACUCCGUGAAGAAGAAAAAAAGUUCAACUGCUGUAGGCUUUCUGUGACACAUUAGAGCACACAACAAUAUUAUUAUUCUAAUGACUUAGUAGAUGGUAGACCUCACUCCACUCCCAUCGGCUCAGAUAGAAAUACAUUUAAAUCAACUUUUACGACAAAGCCCUGUACAUUUAUACGCGUUGUCCUGGGCAACAGCAACUGCAAACAAAAGGCAGAUUAUAUCGUCUAUAUUCAGCAACAAAUGAUUUUAUUCGUGUUGUUUUUUGUAUUUUGUCUGAACAUUUUUGUCAGUAUUCUUUAUUCAAACAUUGCAGCAUAUUUCAAAUAGCCUGUGUCCCAAGAUCGGGUUUGUCCUCGUGCCAACUCUUUAUCACCCAUUGAGCGACAUGGAGAUGGCAUGAUGGCACUAUCCGACUGGCACCCAGGCUAUAUUUUGAGACAAUGACAGUCUGUUUUUAAAACACUGUCUAUAUGGAGGUUUACAGAGUUGUACCCAGGCUAUGUUUGAGACAAUGACAGUCUGUUUUAAAAACACUGUCUCGAUGGGGGGUUUCACGGACUUGUAUUGUUGUGAUCUAUCUGCAAAACGGACGCAAAUGGUAUACAUUCUCCUCUGUAUUAAUUAAUGGCUGGACUACAGUUCCCACAAUGCUGUGUGUGACUGACUGAAAGGCCCAGGACUCAAACUAACAGGACUGCUCUGUCCAGAGGAAACAUAUUUUGGUCUGAAAUAGCACCCUAUCCCCUAUAUAUAGUGCACUACUUUAGACCAGAGCCAUAUGGGAUGCACUAUAAAGGGGAUAGGGUUAUAUUUGUGACUCAUCCAAAGACAAAUGUUUGAUCUGUCAAGUCAAUCAGGUGAAUGUCUCAGCAGCUGUAAUAGUAUCUUACCUCUUACUUAUCAUUGGUGUAAAGUUGCUCCUAGACACUGAUCUUGGAUCAGUUUUGCAUUUUUCCUACUAUGGCUCAGGUUGAGAUUAGGGGAGGAGAUCUAAUUUUGAAUUGAAACUUUAUUGUACUAAAAGCAAGUCAAUUUAAGAAAUAAUAUAUAUUAUUUACAAUGACGGCCUACCCCCUAGCCAAACCUUCCUCUCAAACCCGGACGACGCUGGGACUCCCGAUUUAAAGCCGGUUGUGAUACAGACCCGGGAUCGAACCCGGGUCUGUAGUGACGCCUCCCAACACUGCGAUGCAGUGCCUUAGACCGCUGCGCCACUCGGUCCCCAAAAGCUAAUCUAAGCUGAUCCUAGAUCUGUACCUAAGGUAAACUUCACCCCAGAGCCAGUAUCAUCAAUAUAUAUAUAGCUACAACCAAUCAUGAUGUUCCAGCAGCAACAGAACGUGAAAUAAUACAAAGUAGCAAAUGCAUAUUAUUGUGAUUUUUUUUCUUCUUUUUUUUUGAAUAAAAUAUUGAUUAUAUUAUUCUGAA